GGCCAUCCACCUCAUCAGCGGGAUGAGCGGUCCAUAGCGUGUCACUGUCAGCCAGCAACGCCACGCAGACAAUGAGAAGAUGCACCAAGACUCUGAGAGGAACGGCGCCGCAGAUGGGGACGCCAACGGCAAGGAUGGACACAGCCGGCGUCUUACGGACGAGGAAUUCGAGCGGUAUUCUCGCCAGAUGAUUGUCCCUGGCAUGGGUAAAGAAGGCCAGCUCCGCCUGAUCAACUCCCGCAUCCUCAUCAUAGGGGCCGGCGGGCUCGGCUGCCCCGCCGCGCAGUACAUCGCCGGGGCGGGCGUCGGCACCAUCGGCCUCGUCGACGGCGACGUCGUCGACAAGUCCAACCUGCACCGCCAGGUGGGUCACGCGACGUCACGCCUCGGCAUGAAGAAAGUCGACAGCCUGAUCGAGCACCUGCGCGGGCUGAACCCGCUGCCGACAUACGUGCCGCACGCGUUCCACCUCGACGCGCAGAACGCGGCCGACAUCGUCGCGCGGUACGACGUCGUCGUCGACUGCACCGACAACCCGGCCACGCGCUACCUGAUCUCGGACGUGUGCGUGCUGUUGCGCAAGCCGCUGGUCUCGGCCGCGUCGGUCCAGAAGUCGGGCCAGCUCAUCGUGCUCAAUUGCCCGCCCACGCCCCAGGGCGUCGUCGACGGCACGCCGCGCGCCGCCCCGUGCUACAGGUGCUGCUUCAAGAAGCCGCCGCCGCCCGGUUCCAUGGUCUCGUGCGGCGAGGCCGGCAUCAUGGGGCCCGUGGUGGGGAUGAUGGGCGUCGCGCAGGCCGGCGAGGCCAUCAAGAUCAUCGCCUCGGCGCUGCACAUCCCGCCAGACCCCUCCUCUUCAGUCUCGCCAGAAACAAACCUCGGCCAGCCCGCGCUGCUCAUCUACUCGUACGACCUGGCCAGCGGCGUGGGGCCGUACACGUUCCGGGCGCUCAUGAUGGCGGGGCGGCGCAGGACGUGCUUCGCGUGCGGCGAGGGCUCGACGCUGACGCUAGAGGGGAUCCGCGCCGGGUCGCCCAACUACGAGCAGUUCUGCGGGCUCGCCACCUCCAUAAACCAAACCCGCCUGCCGCCCGAGGACCGCAUCACGGCGUCGGCGUACGCCGCAGCCGCGGCCCGCGGCGAGCUACCCCCACACAUCCUGCUCGACACGCGCGAGCGCGAGCACUUUUCGUUUGGCAGCGUCGACGGCGCCGUCAACGUGCCGUUUGGCAAGCUGCUCGUGGCGGCCGCCGCCAUCAAGCGCGACGGGGCGCCCGCGGACACCAUACUCCCUACCACAAAACCGUCGCUGCCCGACGACGCGCCCGUGUUUGUCGUCUGCCGCAGGGGGCUGGACUCGCAGGAGGUCGUGGAGAAGCUGAGGGAGCUGGGCGUGGACAACGGGGGCAAGAGGAAGAUUAUGGACAUUAUCGGCGGAAUGAAGGCUUGGCGGGACGAGGUCGAUCCCACGUUCCCCUUUAUUUAGGAUAGAAUGGAACAGGUAGGGGCAUGCACGCCGUAGCUGGCUAGAGGCUUUGACGGCUAUUGGUGGUGUCACUUCGCCUCGCGACUGGAGGUUCACCACCUUUUCCGAAAGCGAAAGGUUGGGUAAAAAGGGGAGAGUGUCAUUAUUG